GUGUUUAUAGGGCACAGAUUGUCUAAAGCCUUAGGGAAAAUGGUGGAAAAUUCACCGUCGCCAUUGCCAGAAAGAGUGAUUUACGGCUUUGUACUUUUCUUAAGCUCCCAAUUUGGCUUCAUAAAGGCAGUUUCUACAGUUUCAGUACUGUAUCUCGUGUGGGCUUUUAUUCCUGAAUCUUGGCUAAACUCCUUAGGCCUAACCUAUUGGCCUCAAAAAUACUGGGCCGUCGCAUUACCUGUCUACCUCCUCAUUACUGUGGUGAUCGCUUACGUGCUCUUAUUUGGAGUUAACAUGAUGAGUACCUCGCCACUCGACUCCAUUCACACAAUCACAGAUAACUAUGCCAAAAAUCAACAGCAGAAGAAAUACCAAGAAGAAGCCAUCCCGGCAUUAAGAGAUAUUCCUAUUAGUGAAGUAAACCAAAUGUUCUUUCUUGCAACCAAAGAACGUUACACCAAAAACUGAAUUUAUGUAGACAUAUUAACACCAAGCAUUUAUUUAUAAGUUUUGACAUAAGAAUUUUAACUAAUUAUUUUGACUCUCUUAUUAAUAACUGGUAUUGAGA